UUUUUUUUUUUUUCAAAAACAUAAUUAUUCCAAAUACACACACAUAGUAAUACUGCUUAUCUUUUGCUUUAAAGGUUAAAAAUCACAGACUCGAGCUCCCAGUCUGCCAAUAAAAUGGGGGCCAUUCUGACUUUGGUGGAGCCGGUGGUUGUGAUCAAUAAACUGGGGACAUCCUUCUUUGAUAUGGCCCUCACACAGACCGUGUACAACCAGUCGCUGAAGGCAACAGCUGGAGACAGCGAUAAGGCACAGGCCUUAUCCUCACGCUUUCUUCUUAUUCAGAGUGUGUUGUCUUCUGUGGCGGCCAUGUUGUCCAUUAUACCACUGAGCCGUCUGGCAGAUCGUCAUGGACCUAAAGUCUUCCUAGUGUCCUCUCAAAUGGGUUCGGUUUUAGGCAUGUUCAUGCUGGUCAUCUUCAUUUACUGUGAGGCUCCACUGGAGCUUCUAUAUUUGGGUUCUUUGCUGCAUGGUUUGAGCGGAGGCGGGCCGAUGUUUUGGGCUGGGGUGGCAGCUCUGGCAUCUCUCAGCUCAAAGCAGGGCAAACGCACUCUUAAACUCAACAUCGUAGACUUCUGUUUUGGGAUCGCAGGGGUGGUGGGAGGUCUUCUGUCUGGAUAUCUAUACCAGAUGGGACCAUCAGUUCUCCUUCUGACAGCAAUUCUAGUCAGCAUUGUGGCAUUACUGUACACUGUGUUUGCCCUGACUGACUCGAGACGUUCCCUAUCCGAGAGCGAGCCAUUGCUGGCUGAAUCCGAAAGUGGGAAAAUGUUGGAUCGAGUCUCUAUAGGCAUGCUGAUGACAGCAAUGAUGUUGUUUAUGCUAGGCGUGGUCGGGGCAGAAAAUGUGCUCCAGCUCUAUGUGCUAAAGCCCCCUCUGAGCUGGGACUCGGUUUGGGCCGGAUAUGGCAGGGCCGCCACCAGUGCCAUGUAUCUCAGUAGCUUCUUAGGGGUUCUGAGUCUGUUCAGUGUGUUGGGAGACACAGCCCUCACUCUGCUGGGUAUUGUGUCCAACUGUACUGGGAUGGCAAUUAUGGCAUUCGCUAUAGAAAGCUGGGUCUACUUCCUGGGUGAGUUUUUUUGUUGCCGCGGACUUGGCAACACUUAUUAUUAUUGCACUUUUACAUAUGCACAACUCACGAUAACAUACACUUGCAUGUUUUUUAACCCUGCAGAUUUAGUCACAGCAAACAGCGCGAACAACUGCAUGAAAUAAAACAUACAUAUCUCAACAGAGAUCUCUCAAUUCUAUCGUAGAUGUUUUCUGGUGAUUUAAGCUCAUCUGCACUUUUUCUGUAAUGUAGAGACGUUGUAUGUCCAUAGCUGCCAGGUUAUAUGAAUUGUUUUCAUGAUAGAAACUGAACUGUUGAGUUUCCAUCAUUGAUUCACGUGUUCAUCAAUUUACCUCUUGUGAAGCUAAAAGUUUCAGUUUUUGGAAUAAAACGAAUGCAUAAUGAAGUCAUUUUAUUUAGUCCUCUCUCCAUACUAUUGCUUCGUCCAGUGAAAGGUUUUUGUAUUUUUCUGCAUGUGUUGUUUUAAGCAGCUAGAGGAAUCAUGAUGUUUGCCUGCAUCCCCAUGCCAACACUUCGAGCCAUGCUGUCCAAGAAUCUGCAUCCUCAGCAAUAUGGGCGAGUGUUUGGGCUGCUCCAGCUGGUUCUGGCUGUGACAGAUCUCUUGUCUAAUGUCUUUUUCACCUCGAUUUACCCACUUACUCUCGGCUGGUUCAGUGGCUUCUGCUUCCUCCUCUCCUGUGCCAUUAGUUACAUCAGUGCCGUCCCGAUCAUUUAUCGAAGUGGCAGAGACUUGAGACUUGGAUCCAUUUGUGAUGAUGAACACUUACAUUGAAAUGUGUCUGUUCUUAUUUUGAUUCAGUACUAUGGAGCUGCAAAAGAAUUGCAUUCCUUGCAUUGCCCAAAAAACUUUCAUGUUCUGUCGCAAAAGUGUUGAAAUCCCAGUAGAAAUGUUUAAGCUUUUGCAUUUGCUCACAAAACUUUUGCAAUAGAAUAUGAAACUCUGGGAAAAGGACACAGAAAUUUUGCACGAAAUAGCAAAGUUUCUCAACGUAACGCAAAAGAUUUGCACACAAAUGUAAAAGCAUGGAUUUUUUUUCUUCUCUGAUUAAUUUCUCUUUAAGGACUGUAUAUUUGUAUUAGACAUAUUCACAUAACUAUAUCUGUCAAGUUUCAACUUAUGCAUGACAUCAAAUUUGAUUGCAAUACUACAAAGUGCAAUACACAAUAAUAUAACAUCAAAGAAUUAAUGAAAGAACUAAUGAAAGUAUGAUAUAAAAGUCUGUCUAGCUUUCUUGCAGGAGACAUAGUUUUGUAAAAAUAUGUCUUGUUUAAAGUGGAAAUAGCUUUUGUUCUUGACAUGAAAUUUUAUCAGCAUUUUAGGACUGGACACAUGAAGUGUCAAAUGUUUUCAGCAGCUCUGCAUGGUUUCACCUGUUACAGUGAAUAGUCUAUGUUUAUGGCAUUUGUUACUCCCAAUAAACCUACUUAUUUU